AUCGAGCCACUAUCCAAAACACUGAAACGUCCGCAACUCCCUCCACUCACUUGGGAUUUCGGGAUAUGCAAGCAGCAAAAUGUCCUACUACUUUACCAUCCUCUCCCCGACCGACGUCCCCCUUUUCAAUAUCGCCUUCGGCACCUCCAAAUCUGGUGGCGAUGGCAUCGCCCGCUUCCGCUUUCCGGAUACAGCUCAGUACAUGAACCAAUUCAUCAUCCAUUCGAGCUUGGAUAUUGUCGAGGAGGCGCAGUGGAUGAAUGGGAAUAUGUACCUCAAACAUAUCGACACCUACCCUCCCGCCUCAGCCUACAUCUCCGCCUUCCUAACCCCCUCCGGCGCGCGGUUCCUUUUACUGCACCAACCGCCCCAACUACCCAACACCGGCUCAGCCACCGGCGCCGGCGGAGGCGGCGGCUCAUCCGGAAGUAUCCUCGGCGGCUCGUUCUCGGCCUCGGCGCUCGGGUCGUCGCGCGCGUCGGCCAGCUCCAUCGCGGCGAAUCCCACCAGCCCGCAGACGGAAGAGGCGGUGCGCCAGUUCAUGACGGAGGUGUAUGAGAAUUACGUGAAGACGGUCAUGAGUCCGUUUUAUCGGCAGGGGAUGGAGAUUCGGAGUGCGGUGUUUCGGUCAAGGGUUACGGCUGCGGGGAGAAAGUGGUUGUAGAUCUUAUCUUUGG